CCGAGCGGAGCGGAGCCGGGAGACCCGAGUGCGCGCUGCCCGGAGCCGGGAGGGAGCGGAUGGGCCAUGGAGGCGCCGCGGAGCGGGCUGGCGGCUAUCUGGUACCUCGGGCUGCUGGGGAGCCUGGCGCGCGUCGCGGGCACGCACUACCGCUACCUGUGGAGGGGCUGCUACCCAUGCCAUCUGGGCCAGGCCGGCUACCCCGUGAGCGCCGGCAACCCGAGGCCAGAUGUGGACGAGUGCCAGGUGCACAACGGCGGCUGCCAGCACCGGUGUGUGAACACCCCAGGCUCCUACUUCUGUGAGUGCAAGCCCGGCUUCCGUCUCCACGCGGACGGCAGGACCUGCCUGGCCAUCAACUCCUGCGCCAUGGGCAAUGGUGGCUGCCAGCACAACUGCAUCCAGCUCACAGUGACCCAGCAUCGCUGCCAAUGCCGGCCUGAGUUCCAGCUCCAGGAGGAUGGCAGGCGCUGCAUCCGGAGAAACCCGUGUGCGAACAGGAACGGCGGCUGCAUGCACAGGUGCCGGGCACUCCGGGGCGUUGCCCACUGCGAGUGCCACGCGGGCUACCAGCUGGCAGCGGACCACAAGGCCUGCGAAGAUGUGGAUGAAUGUGCCACGGGCCUGGCCCAGUGUGCCCACGGCUGCCUCAACACGCAUGGCUCCUUCAAGUGUGUGUGCAAUGCGGGCUACGAGCUGGGUGCUGAUGGCCGGCAGUGCUACCGGAUCGAGAUGGAGAUCGUGAACAGCUGUGAGGCGGACAACGGCGGCUGCUCCCACGGCUGCAGCCACAGCAGUGCGGGCCCCGUCUGCACCUGCCCCCGUGGCUACGAGCUGGACGAGGACCAGAGGACGUGUAUCGACGUCGACGACUGUGCCGCCUCCCCCUGCUGCCAGCAGGUUUGCACCAACAGCCCCGGUGGCUACGAGUGCAGCUGCUAUGCCGGCUACCGGCUCAGUGCGGAUGGCUGCGGGUGUGAGGACGUGGAUGAGUGCGCCUCCAGCCGCGGCGGCUGUGAGCACCGCUGCGCCAACCUGCCCGGCUCCUUCCAGUGCUCCUGCGAGGCUGGCUACCGGCUGGAUGAGGAUCGCAGGGGUUGCACCUCCCUGGAGCUGCCCGAGCUGGUCCUGGACGGCCACCUGCCCCUGGGGCGGCCCCCGCUGCAUGUCGCGGUGCUCCAGGACGCGCUGCCCCAACUCUUGCAAGAUGACUACGUUGGGGCUGAGGAGGAAGAGGCCGAGGCGCGGGGCGAACACACACUGCAGGAAAAGUUUGUCUGCCUGGACGAUACCUUUGGCCCAGACUGCAGCUUGACCUGCGACGACUGCAGGAAUGGGGGAACCUGCCUCCCCAGCCUGGACGGCUGUGACUGCCCCGACGGUUGGACCGGGCUCAUCUGCAAUGAGACUUGUCCUCCGGACACCUUCGGGAAGAACUGCAGCCUCUCCUGCAGCUGUCAGAACGGCGGGACCUGUGACCCUGUGACGGGGGCCUGCCGCUGCCCCCCGGGGGUCAGCGGAGCCCGCUGUGAGGAUGGCUGCCCCAAAGGCUUCUAUGGCAAGCACUGCCGUAAGAAGUGCCACUGUGCCAACCGGGGCCGCUGCCACCGCCUCUAUGGGGCCUGCCUCUGUGACCCGGGGCUGUAUGGCCGCUUCUGUCACCUGGCCUGCCCACCGUGGGCCUUUGGGCCGGGCUGCUCGGAGGAGUGCAAGUGUGAGCAGCAGAACACGCAUGCGUGCGAUAAGAGGGACGGCAGCUGUGCCUGCAAGGCGGGCUUUGGGGGCGAGCGGUGCCAGGAUGAGUGCCAGCUGGGCUUCUUUGGGCCAGGGUGCCGACAGGCGUGCACCUGCCCCCUGGGCGUGGCCUGCAACCCUGUCAGUGGCGAGUGUGGGAAGCAGUGUCCCGCUGGCUACCAUGGGGAGAACUGCAGCCAAGAGUGCCCGGCGGGGACGUUUGGCCAGAACUGCUCAGGCUCCUGCUCCUGUGGGGGCGCCCCCUGCGACCGGGUCACAGGGCAGUGUCUGUGCCCGCCGGGGAGGACCGGGGACGACUGUGGGGCAGAUUGUCCCGAGGGCCGCUGGGGGCUUGGCUGCCAGGAGAUCUGCCCGCCGUGUGAGCACGAUGCCACCUGUGCACCAGAGACUGGAGCCUGCCUGUGCCGCCCUGGCUUCACGGGCAGCCGCUGCCAGGACGCCUGCCCUGCCGGCUGGUUUGGGCUCGGCUGCCAGACGCGGUGCUCCUGUGCCAACGAUGGGCUCUGCCACCCGGUGACCGGCCGGUGCAGCUGUGCCCCUGGGUGGACAGGCCUCAGCUGCCAGAGAGCCUGUGACAGCGGCCACUGGGGACCCGACUGCAGCUACGCCUGCAACUGCAGUGUGGGCCACGGGGGCUGUGAUGCCGUCAGUGGCCUGUGUGUGUGUGAAGCCGGCUAUGUGGGCCUGCGGUGUGAGCAGCGGUGUCCCCAGGGCUACUUUGGGCCGGGCUGUGGGCGGCAGUGCCAGUGUGAGCACGGGGCGGCCUGUGACCACGUCAGCGGGGCCUGCACCUGCCCUGCCGGCUGGAGGGGCACCUUCUGUGAGCGAGCCUGCCCGGCCGGCUUCUUCGGAGUGGACUGUGGCCACGCCUGUGACUGCAGUGCUGGAGUCCCCUGUGAUCCCGUGAGCGGCUCCUGCCUCUGUCCUGCUGGCCGCCAGGGCCCCCGCUGUGCUCAGACCUGCCCAGCCCACACAUUCGGCCAUAACUGCAGCCAGGCCUGCUCCUGCUUUAAUGGGGCCCCCUGUGACCCUGUUCACGGACAGUGCCGCUGUGGCCCUGGCUGGACGGGGCCCACCUGCCUGCACGCCUGCCCAGAGGGCCUCUAUGGCAAGGACUGUCAGCACUCCUGCCUGUGCCAGAACGGGGGCACCUGUGACCCGGUCUCAGGUCACUGCACCUGCCCAGAGGGCUGGGCCGGCCUGGCCUGUGAGAAGGAGUGCCUCCCGGGGGUCUUUCAAGCCGGCUGCCCACACAGCUGCGGGUGCCUCAAUGGUGGCCUCUGUGACCCGCACACCGGCUACUGCCUCUGCCCAGCCGGCUGGACUGGGGACAAGUGCCAGAGCCCUUGUCCUGAGGGCGCCUUCGGGGUCCGCUGUGAGGAGCGCUGUGCCUGCCGGUGGGGUGCCGCCUGCCACCCCGUCACCGGGGCCUGCCUCUGCCCCCCAGGGUGGAGGGGCCCGCGGUGUGAGAACGCCUGCCCACCCGGCUGGUUUGGAGAGGCCUGUGCCCAGCGCUGCCAGUGCCACCCGGGCGCCGCCUGCCACCACGUCACCGGGGAGUGUCACUGUCCCCCAGGCUUCACAGGGCCCAGCUGUGAGCAAGCCUGCCCACCUGGCACCUUUGGGGAGCGCUGUGGGCAGCAGUGCCACUGCCCCGGCGAGAACCAGGCCUGCCACCCUGCCUCGGGGGCCUGCGUGUGCGCCCCCGGCUUCCACGGCACCGGCUGCCAGCAACGGUGCCCGCCUGGGCGGUUCGGGCCUGGCUGUGAGCUGCUGUGUGGGUGUCUCAACGGGGGCUCCUGUGAUGCAGCCACCGGGGCCUGCCACUGCCCUGCCGGGUUCCUUGGGACCGACUGCAGCCUCGUCUGUCCACAUGGCCACUUUGGCCCCGGCUGUGCCCACGUGUGCGGGUGUGGGCAGGGGGCGGCCUGUGACCCCGCGACCGGCAGCUGCUCCUGCCCGCCCGGGAGGACCGGCAUCCACUGUGAGCACGGCUGCCCCCAGAACCGAUUUGGUGUGAACUGCGAGCAUGCGUGCUCCUGCAGGAAUGGGGGCCUGUGUGACUCCAUCAAUGGCAGCUGCUCCUGCAGCCUGGGCUGGACGGGGCCACACUGCGAGCUGGCCUGCCCCGCCGGGCGCUACGGUGCUGCCUGCAGCCUCGAGUGCUCCUGCCACAACCGCGGGGCCUGUGAGCCCACAUCGGGGGCCUGCCGCUGUGGCCCCGGCUUCUAUGGCCAGGCCUGCGAGCACCCCUGUCCCCCCGGCUUCCAUGGGGCUGGCUGCCAGCAGACAUGCCAGUGUCAGCAUGGUGCCCCCUGCGACCCCGUCAGCGGCCGGUGCCUCUGCCCUGCCGGCCUCCACGGCCAGUUCUGCGAGCGGGGGUGUGAGCCGGGCUCGUUCGGAGAGGGCUGCAGCCAGCAGUGUGACUGCGAGCUUGGGGUGCCCUGUGACCCCAUCACCGGCCUCUGCCUGUGUCCCCCGGGGCGCACGGGGACCUCCUGUGACCUGGGCUGCAGGAGGGGCUUCUUUGGGCCGGGCUGUGUCCUACGCUGCUCCUGCGGGGGCGGGGCCGACUGCGACCCUGUCAGUGGGCAGUGCCUCUGCGUGGACGGCUACACAGGGCCCACGUGCCGGCAGGGUGGACCCUCCCAGCUCCUGGAGAGCCUGUCUCCAGCCCUGGGCCCAGCGGCCCUACAACCAACCUCCUACCAGACCCGGGCUCAGCAGCAGCCUAGAGAAGCACUAGCUCAGGGGCAGCCCCCGCUGAGGCUUGGCUCCCAGGGGCCACUGAGGGGACCUGGGGACUUUGGUGACCACUGAGGAGGGACAUGCGGGGGCCAGGACUCCGGCCCCACCCUGGUCUCCGAGGCCUGUGGACAGUGGUGCAGCCUUCAGCUCUGCAAGGAUCUUCUGACCACGAGGAUGGAGGCCCUGCCUGGCCCGCCCUGAGGAUCAUAGUGUGGAGGAAACCCCACCUGCCGUGUCCCCGGGGUGAGACUGCGGGCAGGUGCGGGGACAGGUGCGGGUCUGGAGCCCUUCCUGGGAGCAAGUUCUUCUGGUGCUAGGCCUGGGUCUGCUGCAGUUCAGCCUGUUUACCUGGAAACAGAUGCUGGUGCUAGGCCGGGCCAUAUUUAUGGAAGGUAUUUAUGGGCAGCCAGCCCCUGGGCACUGGAGGGCUGCCUGCCUGCUGCCCCACCUGGGGGGCCUUGACUCGGGCCUCUGGGUGGGGCUUCGCUACCCUGUAAAACCAGUAAGUUAAGGAUGGAGCAGCUCCUUCUUGGAGGCCUGUAUGCUUGCUGCUUUGUACAGGCUCCCUGUGGUGGCCUCCUGGGACCGCUGGCAUGAGUGGGCUGACCAGAGAGGCCCGUGAGGCCCCUGGGCCUCCCUGGGUGCCACACAAGCAAAGUCGGGGUUUAUCCCGGUUCCUGGUGCUCUUGAGGGCGUGGGGCCCAGAGACGUGUGGUCCCCAGGGGAGGAGGGCAGGGUGCAGCUAAGGGCAGCUUGGGUGUGGCACACUGCGCCCCCUGCCCUGUCUUCAGGGUAGAACCAGGGGAAAUGGUUGGACCCAGAUUGUCACACCAGACACUUAGGUCUGGGCUGGAGCCCCCUCCCCUCCAGCAUGAGCCCAGGUAGCUGAUAGCUCCAGGGGCAAAGAAUCUCAUGGGGCAAAGCAGGGUGGGUUCUCGUGAACCCUGUCCCCUUAGACGGACAGCGAGUGGACAGGCCACUGUUUUAAGACUUUGAGGUACAUAAAUAGCAUCCAUAUCCCAGAAAGCAUCAGGAUAUGCAGAAAGUGCAGGGAUAAUGGGAUGCAGGUCAAGAAGGACCAUCGUCAGGACUGGGCGUGGAGUGAGUGGAGGCUGGCG